GUUUGUAAUUUUUAUAAGUUUAUAAUUAAGGAAAGUUUGUAUAAAAUAGUUUCAAAAUGGAAGAUGUUUUAAAAGAGCCCGUACAACUUUCGAAAGGAAUUAAUUUAAAGGAACUAUUCACAUCACAAACGGAGUUUCACAUCGAUACAGACUUUAAAAAGAAGAGGCCUGAUUCCUUUUUAAAUAUGAACAAUGAUUUAAUGCUGGAUACUGAUGAUGAAGAUGACAGUGAUACUGAAGAUAUUUUGAAAAAUAUUGAAACUUCAACGGAACAAAUGUUGCUUUCCUCACCGGAAUAUCAUUCGUUUAAGGAUUUAGCUGCUAAAAUGAUUGAUUGUGUACCCACUGGUGAUGUAAAGAUGUUAAUUAUUGAAGAAGGUGAUGGUCCCCUAGUACCUGUAGAUGCGGAGGUAACUCUACACUAUGCUGCAUAUUGGGAGAAAGCUAAAAUACCCUUUGAUUCAACGCUAACAAUGAAUUCUGGCAUGCCAAUGCAUAUUCGUUUAGGAACAGGCAGCGUGUUACUAGGUCUAGAAAUAGGUCUAACAGCAGUCAAAGGACCUAAGGCUAGGUUCCAUUUACUGCUGCAGCCUAAAGUUGCGUGGGGUGAGAAGGGUGCCCCUCCCCGAGUGAAACCUGAGCCUGUGUUGUUCGUGAUUGCAUUGUAUGAUGUACGGGAUACACAGGCUGGAACUAGAUUCAACGACCUACCAAUGGAAGAACAAAAAAAAUUCGAAGUAACAAUGAGAACAGUUAAAUCAUUACACGCGCAAGCUAAAGACUAUUUUGUUAAAAGAAAAUACAAAAAAGCAAUACAAAAUUAUCAACAAUCACUUGCAGUGCUACGAAUAUCACAACCAAAUGAUCAAACCGAAGAAAAUGAAAUAAAAAAUCUUCAAAUAGUCGUAUUUGUUAAUCUAGCAGUAUGUUACUAUAAAAUCGAUAAACCUAAAUACGUUAUAAAUAUGUGCGAAAAUCUAGACCGAAUUAUAGAUAUAGAAACUCAUUGUAAAGGAUUAUUUUAUUAUGGUAGAGCAUACGAAAUGUUAGGUAAAAGGGAAGAGGCGUUAAAAUAUUAUAAUAAAGCCUUAAAAUUAGAACCGAAAAAUAAAGAAAUCGGCAAAGCGUUAGUUGAUUUUGAACGUUACGUUCAAGAUUCUUCGCAGAAAGAGAAAGAAAUGUGGCAGAACGCCUUCAAGGCGACGCAAAAGAAAAAAACAAAUGUUGUCUAUGACGUGGAUGAAGAAUUUCAAAAUGGCGUCCGAGAGAUGUGUCAAAAUUUGAUUGACAAUGAAGAGCGCGCUCAAUUUGAGUUGUCAACUGGACUAACUAGGAAUGAAUUAGAUUUUUUAAAAGCGUUAGUUACUGAAUUCGAUGAACUAAUUAUUGAUGAAGAGGGCGAAGGCAAAAGAAAAAGAGUGACUGUGGUAAAACUUUAGCUACGAACAAAAUGAAAGUUGAUUUUUAAGCGUAAUUUAUUUUUAAAGAUUUUUUAUUAUGUUUC